GCUGAUUGGCUGGCGGGACGCGUCCCCGGGCGGGUGCAGGGGUGCAGCGCGGAGAGGCGCCCCCUCGCGCCCACCACUCCUGCGGCCCGGCCCGCCGCGCCCCGCCUCCCGCUGUCCGGGCCAGGAGCGUAGGCCCGUUCGAACCCCCCACCCCCACCCCGUCGGACCGGAGGGGAGGGUACCGGACUUCAGUCCCAGCCCGCGGGGUCCAGAUGGCUUCCGUGGGGAUCCGAGAGGCGGAGGAGGGCGACUGUGGACAGAUCCUGAGGCUGAUUCGGGAACUGGCCGAGUACGAGAAACUCUCGGACCAGGUGCAGAUCAGCGAAGAAGCGCUGAGAGCGGAUGGCUUCGGAGAGAACCCUCUGUACCGCUGUUUGGUGGCAGACCUUCCUCCCGCCCCCGGGGACACGCAGGGGCCGCGCGUGGUGGGGUAUGGGCUGUAUUACUUCAUCUACAGCACGUGGAAGGGGCGCACCGUUUAUCUGGAAGACAUCUACGUGACCCCGGAAUAUCGGGGUCAGGGGAUUGGCUCCAAAAUAAUCAGAAGGGUGGCACAGGUGGCCCUGGAUCAAGGCUGUUCCCAGUUCCGCCUGGCCGUCCUGGACUGGAACCAGAGAGCCAUGGCAUUGUACAAGGCCCUGGGAGCCCAGGAUCUGACUGAAGCUGAGGGCUGGCAUGCCUUUACCUUUGACGGAGAGGCCAUGAGGAAGUUGGCGGGAAAGUGAGGCUGUUCCUUGAGGAUCUACGUAGUGGACCUUCUCUUUCCCCCCCACCCUGCUCAUGCACUCCGCAGAGACACUUGUGUCCCCUGGCUCAGGCCUCUGAAGGAAGAGAGUUUGGGAGUAACUAUACCCAAAAUAUGGACAGAGCAGAAUUGGGGGAGAGGCCUUCCCACCUCCUUGUUGAGGGGGAGAAAUAAAGGAGAAUUACUGCGA